CCGGAGCCACUGGGAACCAGCCGCUCUUUACCCUCAGUUUGCUUCCGUCAGGCCUGGCAGCCACGCGGGAGGUGCGGGACGCCGCGGGGCCGGGAGAGCCGGUGAUUUCAUCUGACUUGUUCACCCGCAUCAGAAAGGCCAACUUCAGACGCUGCCUACAAUGAAUGGUUCCAAAGACCCGCCCGGGUCCUACGACUUCGACCUCAUCAUCAUUGGAGGAGGUUCCGGAGGACUGGCGGCAGCUAAGGAGGCAGCCAGGUUUGACAAGAAGGUGCUGGUCUUGGAUUUCGUCACACCAACUCCUCUUGGCACCAGAUGGGGUCUCGGAGGAACGUGUGUGAACGUGGGGUGCAUACCUAAAAAGCUGAUGCACCAGGCAGCUUUGUUAGGACAAGCCCUGAAAGACUCCCGCAACUAUGGAUGGAAAGUCGAGGACACAGUUAAGCAUGACUGGGAGAAAAUGACGGAAUCCGUGCAGAAUUACAUCGGCUCGCUGAACUGGGGCUACCGAGUAGCUCUUCGGGAGAAAAAGGUCGUCUAUGAGAAUGCUUAUGGGAGAUUCAUUGGUCCCCACAAGAUUAAGGCAACAAAUAACAAAGGAAAAGAGAAAAUCUAUUCAGCAGAGCGGUUUCUCAUCGCCACGGGUGAAAGGCCACGCUACCUGGGCAUCCCUGGAGACAAAGAGUACUGCAUCAGCAGUGAUGAUCUUUUCUCCUUGCCUUACUGCCCGGGUAAGACCCUAGUGGUUGGAGCAUCCUAUGUUGCUUUGGAGUGUGCAGGAUUUCUCGCUGGUAUCGGCUUGGAUGUCACUGUAAUGGUGCGGUCCAUUCUCCUUAGAGGAUUUGACCAGGACAUGGCCAACAAAAUCGGCGAACACAUGGAAGAACAUGGCAUCAAGUUUAUAAGGCAGUUUGUUCCAAUUAAAGUUGAACAAAUUGAAGCAGGGACACCAGGCCGACUCAGGGUGACUGCUCAGUCCACCACCAGCGAAGAGACCAUCGAGGACGAAUUUAACACAGUGUUACUGGCAGUAGGAAGAGAUUCUUGUACAAGAACCAUUGGCUUAGAGACAGUGGGCGUGAAGAUAAAUGAAAAGACUGGAAAGAUACCUGUCACGGAUGAAGAGCAGACCAACGUGCCUUACAUCUAUGCCAUUGGUGACAUUCUGGAGGGGAAGCUGGAGCUGACGCCUGUGGCCAUCCAGGCGGGGAGAUUGCUGGCCCAGAGGCUGUACGGGGGCUCCACUGUCAAGUGUGACUAUGAAAAAGUUCCCACAACUGUGUUUACUCCUUUGGAGUAUGGCUGUUGUGGCCUGUCUGAAGAAAAAGCUAUUGAGAAGUUUGGGGAAGAAAAUAUUGAAGUUUACCACAGCUUCUUUUGGCCAUUGGAGUGGACGGUCCCAUCCCGAGACAACAACAAAUGUUAUGCAAAAAUAAUCUGUAAUCUUAAAGACAACGAGCGUGUCGUGGGCUUUCACGUACUGGGUCCAAAUGCUGGAGAAGUGACGCAGGGCUUCGCGGCUGCACUCAAGUGUGGAAUGACCAAGCAGCAGCUGGACAGCACUAUAGGUAUCCACCCUGUCUGCGCGGAGAUAUUCACCACGUUGUCGGUGACUAAGCGUUCUGGUGGAGACAUCCUCCAGGCUGGCUGCUGAGGUUAAGCCCCGGUGUGGAUGCUGUCGCCAAGACUACAGAUCUGCCUUGCUUCCUGGCCCACAUCCAGGGGAAGUUCAGGAAGGCUCUUGGGCUCUCGGCAUCUAUCCAAGAUGCUGGCCUGAGGCCACCAGGUCCCUGGGAUCUCGUGGGUAGGAGGUGGCAGGUGGAAGGCUGCAGCGUCACACUGGGGUCACCUUAACGGACUCAGACAGACAUUCGGCAGUGCAUCAGGGAGAUGCGUCCAUGAAGUCACCAGCCGCAAGCCCAGAGUGGUAGGCAGUGAUGGAGCAGCUGUCGGAUGGAUCUGUUCUUCUCGACCUCCCCUUUAGGUUGUAUAAUCUUGUUUUCCAGCUCUCUAAUGUCAAUUCUAUUUUCUUUUUUCUCCAUGGGGUUAAUGAUACUAGAGAUAGGGAAUGUUAGCAAUCAGUUUUCGUCUAAAAGCGUGUCGUGGCUGGACUGCAUAGUCGUGUAGAAGGGGGAUGAAUUGGCUUACGAAAGCCACAAACGUUUGUCCCGAGACAGUGAUUGCCCUGUGACUAAAUACACUGAUCGUUUACUGACCUGUGUAGCACUCACUGUCUCUUUUCAUGAGUCUUAUGUCCAGAACAAGAAAAACCAUGGUCCACUUUUUGCAAGUUCCCCGCUGUGCACGUCGCUGAAGCUGCUUGGGAAGGGAGGUGCGGCUUGGCUUGCCCACUUGCAUCCAUUGCAUGGCCAUUGCAGGACUGUAGAUUGUUGCCAGCCCAGAGGCUGACCAACAGCAAAUGUCUUUCUUGAUACAGUUUAUUAUCUGUUGGUCUGAGUGAGCUGCGAUUGUUCUCAAUGGAAAAUGCUUAAUUUGCUCUAAACUUCUUGUUUUUGUGAGGUGGAUUUAGUUCUAAGCUGCUGUCCCCUGAGAAUACAUUCAGAGGCCAGUAGCUCUUUCCAGACAUAGCACAUAAAUCUUCUGAGGUAAUUACUUUUGUAAGGAAGCUGUUCAUAACAUAAGUUAUUAUUAUUAUUGAACACAGGUGGAUGUGAAGGAUUUUCAUUGAAAAACCAAAUGGUUUUUCCUUUUUCUGUUGAAUGAACCCAAUGGAACUCUGGCAGCUUGCUGCUGGUGUUUUUACAGCGUGAUUUUAGCUCCUGGGUUACAAGACUGUGAACGCGCAGGCUGAGGACUGUGUUCACACCAUCUUCCCACUGUAGCAGCCAUCAGGCCGCCUGCCCUGGUCCUGUGGCUCCUUGUUUUGCCCUCUCCUCUUCCCGUCGGUCCCUGCAGUACUGAGUGGUGCCACAGAACACUCUGGGCCACCUCAGGGAACAUGUGUUUGCCUAGUGUCCAGCCAGCAGCACCUCUGCUGCCCCACAGGGCUCCCUCACAUCCUCACCGUCAGCUUAUGUGAAGACAGUAGGAAGAGGAGAAAGGUCAGGGGACCCCAAUAGUCGACUGUUCAGUUUUAUUUAUUUAUUUUUUAAUUUUUCUCCCAAGUCUGCCAGUCUCUGCGAUUAGAACGACAGUGUAGAUUAACUGUGCCUAAUCAUGUUAUGAUUCUUAGUGGAAUGGAAUGUUCUGCCCCCAUGAGAAGGAAUAGUUUUCAUUGUUUAUAUUCUGUAAUCGCACAAUGUACUGUAACUCAGAUUCCAAUUCCAUGUAUUUUUGUUACAAAUUUUCUGGGGAAAAAAUGUGAAACAGUAAAAGGUGUUAAUUCG